AUAUUUUUCCAGUCAACGCAAACAUUCAAGCUACUAUAAAGACACAAGAAUUCCUACACUUGACCAUCAGAACACGUACACCAGCUGAAAUCGAAAGCCCUUUAAUUUGGCUCUAAGAAACAGGAUCUAACCCUAGGAGAGAAUUGAUCAUUAACGAGCCCAACAAUUGCCAACAAUGGAUAUGUCAUCGGCUACAUGGUGGUCUGAAAUGGAGAGGACUAAUAUGAAUGAUCAUUCCUUUAUCAACAACAAUAACUUCCAGAUGGUGACUCCAUUUAUUGAACCCUUCUCCUCUUGCAACUAUGGCUACUCCAAUUCGCCAUCAGCCAAUACUGCUACUGUUGCCAAAAACCACUUUGAAAAUUUGAACUACACCUCAGUCAAGACUGAGUUGACAUCUGGAACUACUCUAAACUUCUCGUCUUCAGUUUCGACGGAUUCUGAUAAUUUUGGUGAUAGCCAAAAUCUAAUCCUCACUCAGAAAAAGAGUUACAAUAGGACUAGUUUGCAGGCACAAGACCACGUUGUAGCUGAAAGAAAGCGAAGAGAACGCCUCACUCAACGCUUCAUAGCUUUAUCUGCCCUUGUCCCUAACCUCAAGAAGUUGGACAAAGCAUCAGUACUGGGAGAUGCGAUCAAAUAUAUAAAACAACUUGAAGAACAAGUAAAAACUCUCGAGGAAAAAGCCAAGAAUAUUUGUAGCGAGGAAUCGGUGGUUGCAGUGAAGAGAGCUCGUGUUCUCUCCAGUCAUGAGGAGUACUCCUCGUCUUCUGAUGAAAAAACCAGCAUUAGCACAGACCGAUCAUUUCCUGAUAUUGAAGUUAGAGUUUCAGAUGGGAAUUUCAUGAUUAGUAUAUAUUGCAAAAAGCAAAACGGGAUAAUAAAGGAAAUAUUCAACGAAGUAGAAAAGCUUCAUCUUUCUAUCAUUAGCUCCAGCGUUAUGCCUUUUGGCUACAACACCACACACAUGACCAUUAUUGCUCAGAUGGAUUAUAAAUUGAGUAUGACACCAAAUCAUGUUGCGAAUAGAAUCCGUGCGGUUAUGAUGAAAGAAGAAGACACCACUCUUACAGCAUAGAGAAGAAUUUUCAAGAUUUUUAGAAGUUAAUUUAAGGUCAUUGAAUAUGUUCCAUUGUCAAUAUCCUAUUAAGUGAUAAUGUUUGCAGCAGAUCUCUUUUUGCGGAUCAAGAUUACCUGCCUGGAAAUGGGGUACUAAUGACUUGGUUUAGUGUAAAUGGUUUUCAUAAUUGUGGAUUAGUGAGGUGCUUUGGCUUUUUUGCGGGUUACAAGCUGGGACCCCGUUUGCAAUUUUCACACGUGCUACAAUUGGAGAGACUGGCUCCAUCUUUUUGGGAUUUAACUAACUAGUGUUUUUCCUUUUGUUUGGCUUUAUGUGUACUGUUAUGUCCACGGUGUAAUAAGCAUGGAUUUUAGUGAUGAAAAAAAAAAUCAGUCUUUACCUUUUACCAAUGUUCUACUAAAUGAUUUUAGCUGGAAUUCGGUUGGAAAUACGACCAUCUCUAAACAAUA